GUUAUCCUCUAUGCUUUGGACUCAAUGCUUGCAUUUGUCUCGUCCUUGGCGGAACUUCAUAUGUCUGGACUCGAAGGUGCAGGCCACUCGUUCUGUGCCCAUUCCAUGUGGACACGAAGCUGUUCGGCUACUUCACAGCCAUCUACCUAAGCUAUGGCACAUUGUGCUAUCCCUUGCAGCUGGGAGCCGCUGUGGCGCUGGCCCCAAAAUUCAGCCGCAGCUUCCGGAGGCUGAAAACACGCAUGGGGCUCAACUGGUUCGUGGCAGGUGCUUGGCUGCUGACUCUCAUUGCAGUGAGUUUGAUUGCAGUGAUGGCUGGAAUCGUUUUCGCAUUGGCGCUGUGGCCAGGUUUCCCUAGCUACAGGGUUUGA